GACCAGAGACUGCAGACAGUACAGGAGAUGACCAAGAGACUGCAGACAAUACAGGAGAUGGACCAGAGACUGCGGACAUAGUACAGGGAAUGAACAGAGACUGCGGACACAGUACAGGGAAUGAUCAAGAGACUGCGGACACAGUACAGGGAAUGAUCAAGAGACUGCAGACGGUACAGGGGAUGAUCAAGAGACUGCAGACAGUACAGGAGAUGACCAGAGACUGCAGACAGUACAGGGGAUGACCAGAGACUGCAGACAGUACAGUGCCGUCGUGGGAAGACUGCGCAGCGCUGGACCGAUGAACAGACGCACUGACAUUUUUACAGGAGAUGGACAGAGAC